AUGUUACUUCCGCCGCGAUCCUACCGCCGUUCUCCUCUUCAACGCCGUGCUCUGCGGCUUCUCCUCUACGUUCUGUUCACAUUCUUUGUCUUUGACCUGCUCACGAUUCUAAAACACCACCGCGAGUUCACCCGUAACCUCCUCGACCAUGUAUACACAUCCCCAGCGCUUCUACCGACGCCGCUACAGAAUCAAAAGAUCUUCAUCGUCGCCCAGUUCUGGACCAAUGCACAUGUCAUCUCCGAGCGAUGGGGUCAGGCUCUUCUCGAUCUGGUAGGAGUGCUGGGAAAGGAGAAUGUAUACGUGAGCAUCUACGAGUCGGGGAGCCUGGACAACACAAAGGAAGUUCUGAAAAUGCUGGAUGAUGUGCUGGCGCAGAACAACAUUCCUCACCAAACGGUCUUGGAUCCAACUACGCACGAAGACGAAAUUAACGCUGGUCCCCUCGAUGAUCAGGGUGUCCCUCGGCAGGGCUGGAUUCAGACCACGAGUGUGGGAACGCAAUGGGGUAAAGAGAUGCGAAGAAUUCCAUACCUCGCUCGCUUACGGAACCUAUCUCUAAAGCCUCUCUUCAGGCUCCGCGACGAGCUAGGGCAAAAGUACGAUAGGAUCCUUUUCCUCAAUGAUGUCGUGUUCCGCCCACAGGACGUCCUUACACUCUUGGCCACGAACCAAGGUUCCUUCUCUUCCGCAUGUGCCCUUGACUUCCAUUUGCCACCAGCCUAUUACGAUACAUUCGUUCUAAGGGAUAAUGAAAGAUUGGCCACAGUCCAGUCUGUAUUUCCCUAUUUCCGUUCUCCGGAGUCUCGUGAGUCAAUGCUCAAGGGUCUCCCAACCAAAGUCUCAGCAUGCUGGAAUGGGAUGAUCGCGAUGGACAGCACACCUUUCUACGAUGGACUUCAGUUCCGUGCACUGAGCGAUAGUCUUGCCAGCAAGCAUCUUGAAGCCAGUGAAUGCUGUCUCAUCCACACAGACAUGAACCUCACUUCUCCCGGUUCCGCUGAUCGGAUAUACGUCAACCCGUCGGUACGCGUUGGAUACACCGUGGAAGCCUACAACGCCACGCACUUUGGGCCUGACGAGAACUUUGUUUCCGCAACGCAAUACGUCGUUGGGGUAUGGACAAAUCGAGUUAGAAGAAACAUUUUGCCACGCGAGACCAAGACUACGAAGGAAGUCAAAAGGAAAAUGGAAAGGUGGGUCAAAGAAGGGGAGAAUUCGCUGGAGGAUAGAAAGGAGACUGGGGAGCUGUGUAUCAUCGAUGAACAGCAUAUCCUGAUUUGGAAUGGGUGGAAGCACGUAUAA